GUUUCUUGCUUUGAAAGCCACAUCACGCGACACUAUCAAGUUUCUGAAAUGUGGCUCUGGCAGCAAAGGAAACUUCUUCAGCGGGCAGCAAAAAUACUGCCCAAGCUUUUUACAGGCUUCCUCUUCAUUUGAGGUGAGAGAUCCAAGUGGCAAGGUCUGCAUCAUCGCUGAUAUGACAGUAGCUUUCUCAGUGGAGUACAAAAGCAAUGGGCAAAAAGAGUUUGCACACUUUUUUCUUCCACAAAAUGCUACAGUAAGCCCACAGAGCUCAUGUGGUAAAGGUAACACAUCUCAUCCACUACUGGUGUUGGAUUUUGGAGCAGGACAUUCAUUAAGCCUGAACUUCUCAGAACAUGCAGAUGAGUACCAAGUUGAAGAGCUAGUUUUCCAGUACAAUCUGUCAGAUGCAACCUUAUUCCAUAACUCAACUGCAGGAGUGAAGAGAGCAUCACAUAAAACUGUUAUUCAGGCAUAUAUGGGCACAAAAUACAGAUGCAUCAGCUCCAAGCAAGUCAAUAUGAAGAAUGUGAAUGUUACUUUUAGCAAUGUUACUUUGGAAGCCUAUCUCACAAAUGGCACUUUCAGUAUGAACAAGACAGAAUGUGCUGAAGAUAUGGUCUCUACUACUGCUGUAGUGCCUACAACUCCUAAACAGACUACUAGCCAGGUUCCAACAACAACUAGUCCAGUGCCAACUGUAUCACCCUCAAAUCCUGCAGUUGGUAAAUACAAUGUGACUGGUCCAAAUGGAACCUGUGUACUUGCCUACAUGGGGUUACAGCUUAAUAUCACCUAUCUAAAAAAAGAUGAAAAGAUGGGCUUGGAUGUGCUGAAUUUUAUACCACAUAAUACAACCUCUUCUGGUAGAUGUGACAACUCGUCUGCCUUCUUGAAUCUGACUUUUGAUAAAACAAGGGUUAUCUUCCGCUUUGCAUUGAAUGCAAGUACUGAAAAAUUCUUCCUGCAAGGCGUGAAUGUGAGCACAACUCUGCCUUCUGAAGCAAAAGUUCCAAGAUUUGAAGCAUCAAACAACAGCAUGAGUGAGCUGAGAGCUACAGUAGGGAACUCCUACAAGUGCAGUGCAGAGGAGAAUCUCCAGGUCACAGACAAAGCCCUGGUCAACGUAUUUAAUGUUCAGAUCCAGGUGUUCAAGAUUGAUGGAGACAAAUUUGGGGCAG